ACUUAUUACAUGAAACGAAUUUGUUAAGUGUUUUGCAUAAACAUUUUUAGUGCUGGCCAGGAGCAGGAUCUUGCAUAAGUCUUGGCCUCCUGGCACAUCUUGUUGUUCCGCUGCCACAUCUUCUCCGGACAGGUAAAUAUCAGCCGGGCGUAGGCGCAGAGGCUGUAAAAGAGGGCGUGUCUGUCGCAGGCGUCACUCUGACGACUCAGUGGGGCCAAUUCUUGGUAUUUGCUCUUGACCAACGAAGAGCACCGGGCAAAGUUGGACUCAUAGACAUCAAUGGUGGCUUCGCUGGCAAAUGCACGCUCCAGCAUGGGUCGAAUCCGACUCUGGACAAGCCGAGUUCCCUGCAUGGCUAAGCUGGCAUUAAAGAUGCAGGCCAGGCGGCACUAAAUAUGAGAGAUGUGGAAAGGGGUUUAAUUGGCCUAGAGUUAAAUAACCAUAAAUACCUACGCUCGCUUGGCUGCCAGCAUUAUUACAGUCACGAUUGUAGACUCCCCAAUUGGGCAUGGGCGCUGAACAGCAAAUGUGUACAUUCUAGGAAGGAUGUUAGGGUAUAUUUUGAAUAAAUUCCUCGAUUAAUAUAACUACAGGAUUACCUGCACAGAUUUGGGAGCUGCCUUGCACUUGGCUGCCUCAAAGGGAACAAAAAGGCCCAGAGAAAUGAGCAUAACAAGUAUUCGCCCUGUCCGCAUGGCUGAAGCUUCCAAAGCCGAAUGAAUCAACUUGAACUCGUAUGCUUGCAUGUGGCCAGCAGAGAGAUUACAUGAAAGAUACCCGAUACUCUACACCUUAACCCACUGAAGCCACUGGAAACAUGCUUAGUAAUUUACUUCAUUUGGUUAACAGAAAUACAAAAUUCUGCAAAAUUCGAGAUAUUUUUCAGAUAUUUUUCUUUAAAAGUUUGGCUCGCCAUGCAUUUGAUUGGACUACUGUUGGUGGCUCUUCUAUGGAUGCGUUCGACGAUUUGUUUUAACCCUGCCACGAUGGCUCAUAAGGAAUGCCGAAAGUUGUUAAACCUAGAGAGGCUUGCCUACUGCUGUGGAGUGUCCUUGGUGGAUAAGUUUCUGUUCGUCGGAUCCAAUUGUCAGGAUUAUUGGAAUAACUACGGGGCUUGUCGCUACGAGUGCCUGUACAACCACUGGAAACUCCUCGACGAGAAUAACACGAUCAAGAAGCCGGAGCUCUACACCAUGAUCACCAAUCUGUACAAUCCAUUGAACGGUUACCACACGUAUGGAAAAGCCUUCAAGGAAGCCAAUGAAGAUUGCGAGGACUUGGGCAAAAAUUACACCGAUUUCGUGAUGCUUCAUGCCAACGAGAUGAAGACUGAGUUGGGAUUGGACACCAAGUGCCGGCCCGAGGCCAUGCUCCACACGCAGUGCAUCAUGACGCAUGUGACCCACCACUGUCCCAAGGAAUUCUGGAGGAGUGUGGAAGAGUGCGAUCUUAUCAGGACUCUAAUACCGAAUUGUAUACCCGAUUGGAUACCAUCACAUUUGCUCCUGGCUCCACAAAAUGAAGCUGACGAAUUUCGCGAGAUGGAAGUCACGACUGCGGGAACAAGUAAUUACAUGUCUCUAGGGAGAUAUUUCUUCCUACUUUCCAGUUUAUUUUUCUUGGUAUUAUCCCACUUGUCUGAUUGAUUUCAAAUAAGUGGGU